UAAAGCGAUUUGGUCCCGACUCCCUGCUAUGUUGUAGGAUACCUCCAAAUGCAACCUGUCACCUAAACACUUAAAUUAUUUUAUAAACAGAGCCCACUAAGUCCUCUGACCAAUGCUUCUGCAGUUGAACAGAAGCCAGGCCCUGUUGAAAGCAAACUAGAAUCUGCCCAAUAAUACUUGACAAUAGCAUUCUGUUGAGGGUCUUGUGCUAUGUUUAGAGGCUACCACUGAGUAACUUUUGUUUGAUCGGCUGCAAUAGGCCGACCGCCGACCGUUUGGUUUGCGGCGCUUUAAGGUAGGUAGGGAUGCUGGGAAAGUGAAUCUGUUUCAGAAGUCUUGUUGGGCUGCGUGGAAAUCGAUUUUGGUAAUAGGCAAGAUGAAAGAAAAAUCAACAUCUUUGAAGGCAGCGAAGCUACAUCAACAGCAGCACAAUGGAGAUGUUUCACCUUUUACCUUUUCCAAAUUGUUGGAUCCACAGGCUUCUUGGGAUAAGGACCAAUUAGGAGAUGUGCUGCAUUGGAUUCGACAAGCCGUUGCACUUAUAUGUGGUCUAAUUUGGGGUGUCAUGCCCUUAGUUGGGGCUAUUUGGAUAGUUGUAUUUUUAUUGUUGUCUUCAGGUAUUGUCUAUGUAUAUUAUGCUCUUGUGUUGAAAGUUGAUGAGGAAGAAUUUGGCGGGCAUGGGACACUUCUUCAAGAAGGAAUGUUUGCAUCCAUCACACUCUUCUUGCUUUCUUGGAUAAUGGCAUACAGCUUACUUCAUUUUUGAUUCAUGGAUUAAUUUCCGAAGGGCUAGAGAAAGAUUAUGGACUGUGUAAUCUUGAAACUGGACAAAUUGAAGUUCAGAAUGCUUCAGUGAAGUUUUGUUGCAAAACCACCAACCGCGUGCCUCUUAUUUAUAGCUCAAUUGCAUGUUAAAUCCAUUUGUAACUUUGUUUUUGUGUUCCUGCAUUUUGGUUCUGAUUACACAGCAUGUGAAGAAUAAUAUGCAAAGCGCUAAUGCUGACAUUUGUUUCUACCAAACGGUUAAGAAACUUAAUGUUGGAUAAGGCAAGUUCGAAAGGUUGCUCUUGCAGUGUCUAUUUGGGUUACAGAUAUCAUAUUUUAUUUGACACAUGUAUGCUGUUGUUUUUGAUAAAUACACCUUCCAAUGUGACUAGGAAAGUGUUGCUCAGAUGAUCAUCAAUUUGUAUAAAAUUUGAUAUAAUUUUAUACAUAUGAAGGUUAGAUUCA